UAAUAAAUUUGUGUUCUUGGAUCGAUCCAGAAUUUAACUGAAACAGGUGCUUUCAAAGCAGUCACACACUAAAGGGAUAAGGGUGCACACAUUCUAUCACCCACCUGAUAAGGCCUUAGCUACAGCUUAGUUUAUAAUGCAAAUAUAUGUAAACAGGACAAAUUCAAUUGGGAUCAAAGUUACGUAACUACUGUGUGAGACGUAGACUUGGUUCAAGUUCGUCUUUCUCUCAUAUUUUCGCGCCUUUUUUGACCGCUCGCGUGCAUCGCUAUUUUCAACCCCUUGAGAGACGGACUUGAACCAAGUCUAUGUGAGACGAUAUAUAGGUUUUAUUAAAUACAAAACACCAAACAGCAGAAGUGACUUGAUUGCGACGUCUCUUCAGUUUUAUUCCUCAUACACAAAAGCUAGCAAACGUACUGUAUUCCUUUUCUUUCGUUUCAGCUCCAAUUUAGCAAUCUAUACUUCGCUAUCUGGGAUGAAAUUUUCAAAGAUUUAACCUCUCUCAUUCAGUCAAAGCAACUACAGCAAGCUGUAGAACACGUAAGUAAUGGGUGCCUUUUUUCUGAUGAAAUAUGUUCUCCUUGAAUUAGAGCUUGAACAUAUCCAUCAAUAACAAAGAUAGAAAUAUCAAAAUAUUUUUAGCCUCCGCCAGGACACAGAGGAAGUACAUACAGAUUACAGAGUGAGACCACUUCAGUUCUUCAGGUUAAUUUAGCGUAAGGGAUUUUUUCAGUCCGCCAUGUUCUUAGCCAGUCCGGUAAAGAGAGGCCAUCACCCCCCUGAAAACAUAUUGAAAUUUAAUGUUCCAGGGGGUGAAUGCCUCUCUUUACCAGACUGGCUAAGAACAUGGCCGCCAGCUAUUUUUGUAAAAACUACCUUACGGUUUUCCAGCAGAAUUGAGACCUCUGUAUGUACCUACUCUGUGGCCAGGAGGUUAUGCAACCUCGAUCCCCCUGGGAUCAACCUCGAUCCCAGGUUAUGUUGUCAUUCGCAUCUGUCUGUCUGUCUGUGUUUGUGGAAAUUGCCCAAGGACAAAUUGAUAAAAUUUUGCUAAAUUUUGAAUUGUAUAAUAUAUGUAUAAACGCAUAAUAUAAUAUAAUGCAUGCAUAUAACUUAAUUUGCUGGUGGAGGUAUCCAUGCAGUGCAUUAUGAAAGCCAAUUAAAUUGCCGGUGGAGAUAUGCAUGCAGUAUGAAAGCCAAUUAACCUUCUUCCAAAAUCACUACUGUCAUCAUCACCAUUGUCAUAUCGCAAUCAAUAAACAUUCAUACUUACCCUAUAAUUGCCACGUUAUUGUAAAAUAAAUAUCUCCUGCUCCAAUGAUUAUCGUUACCAUCAUUACUACCAGGCAACGAUACAUUUUCACAGCCAAUGUUACAACCAUUGUUACAAGCAAUUAUAGUUGUAGUCGUGUAGAGAAUGCUACUAUAGUUAACACAAUCUGAACUAAAGAAGAAAUUUGUAGGCCGUACGGGAGAGAAAAGAUUAAGGGGGUGGAAACAAAUAUACCCGACUUUUUCCCAUGGUGCCCAACUUACCGAAAACUGAAAAUUUCCGUUUAAACUUUCCAAAAUUGUUGUCGACGGGGGUGGGGAUAAAAAAUUUCGGUGAUCUGUUCUAAUUUCUCAUAACUUUUAUAUAUUUUUGAAUUUUAAACUAUUAUAUUGCAUAUUUCUUUUUUUUACUGUCAUUCUCCCCAUCUUUUUGCCCCACGAGGGGGGCUACCCCCCCUCCCCCCCCGCCCGUUAUGUCUAUGAAGAAAUUAACCAGAGUGACGUAAUUGCUCUUUAUCCGCCAAUUUAGAUGGCAUUACUUGAUCAUAAUAAUUUGGGAGAUGAAAGGGAGUGGGGAAGGGCGUUUACAGUUCUUUCCGCAAUUACACAUGGAUAUGUCUGGCAAAAUGGAGGAAAUAACCCAGCUAAGGUUAUUCAAGAAAAAUAUAUUAAUUAUUUUAAUUCAUACACAGACAUUGUAUACAAAUAGUAACAUAAUUAACAUAACCUAUACAGACAGAUUGUUAUGAAACAUUCUGCAGCUCUCUUUCAAGACAGUCCAAAUAAUUUUAACUUGAACUGUCUGUGCCAGUGUAGGUGGUGCCAAAAGUUUUAACAAGCUUAAUUUCGUUGGUAGGGAUGCAACUACCUGAAAAAUAGAAGGAGACAUUCGACUUUUCGAGCGAAGGCCAUUCCUCUAGUAACUCCAGACGAAGGGCCUUCGCUCGAAACGUCGAAUUUCUCCUUAUAUUUUCAGGUCGUUGCAUUCUUACCAACGAAAGCUUGUAAAUAAUUUUAAGCAUGCAUGCAUGGGUAAAGUUGACUAAGUUGUGAGCAACAAAACUAAGGUUUUGAACUCAUAUUUUGGUUAGGCUUCUGACCCAUUCUUACAAGCCAAAGCUCCUUAAUAAUAAAGAAAAUGAGUAUUUUCACGUGGUUCACUUCUCCGUUUAAUGAUGUCAAUUAAAUUCGUAAAAAAAACAUGUAUACCAAUUUGGCCAUGCUUUAUCUCCCAAGAUGAUUCCGAAGUGUCUAGCAGUACCACUGGUUGCAGCCGCUAAACAUAUCGGUGAGUUCUCUGUGCUCUCAAGAGCACUUAAUUAAAGCUUCUACUUGCAUAUCUAAAAUAUUUCGUAGUUAUUUCCUAAACAGUUUAUGUUUUGGUAUUACUGACUGGAAAUUAGAUGGUCAUAUAUAAUAUAACAAUUGUGCUACAAUGCGACGCCAUAGGUUUAAGUAGUUAAUAUGUAUAGAUGUGUAAAAUAGUAUCUCAGUUAUGUGACAUGUAAUUUGUUGUUCUGUUAGAUCAUCUAGAGAUAGAUGUAUUCAGUUAGUUUAUAUUUAUAUAUUGUAGUUAGUUUUACGUGCACGACCACAUCAGCUAUGCUGUAAAUUUACUAUCGUGUUUAAAUAAAUGCUUUUAUUAUUAUUAUUAUUAUUAUUAUUGAGUAUUGGUGCGCCCCCAGGAGCCUGCUGCUCCCAAUUGUAAAACCACUGAAAUUUUAAUCAAAAUUAAAGUAACUCAAAUACAAAUUUCGAAAAGCUCCUACCGUUCAUAGAGUUUCCUGUGAAACGUUUGAAACGUUCUAUAUAUCUAGAAGGACUUUCUUUGCAUGGGCCCAAAACAAAUAUAAGAAAAUUCGAUUUCAUGCAUUUGGUUUCAAAAUAAAAAAAUGGCAUAGUUUUGAUCUUUGGUGAAUUUGGAUUAAUCUCGAACGGUCUGUGACAGUGUAUCUAGUGGCGAUAAUAAGAAAGCUGCGGAUUGAAAGGGAUACAACUACCUGAAAAAUACAAAGAGAACUUCGACGUUUCGAACCUCUCUUUGUCGGAAGUUAAGUAACUUCCUGACGAUGGGCCUUUGCUCGAAACGUCGAAGUUCUGCCCGUAUUUUUCAGGUAGUUGUAUCCCUAUCAAUCUUUCAUUUGGAUUAAACAUGUUCUAUCAUUUCUAUAUGCAAUCAAUUUCUCGCUUGUGAAUUAAAUAGAGAAUAAUACAUUUUUCUGUUUAUUAUAUAAAGGACAGUCUUUGAAAAGCGAUAAUUUUUACAGAAAAGCGAUAAUUGAAAAGCGAUAAUUUUCACAUGUGAGAUUAUCAUGAAUAAUCUCACAUGUGAGAUUAUCACUUUUAUCAGUGCUCGAAAUCUCUAUAAAGUACUAUAUACUUUAUAUAAUAAAAAGUGUUAGCUUUGUUAGUGCUAAACUACAGUUUGUUCAUUGGCAUCGUGAUUAUUGGUAUAAUCAAAUAUUAUAUAGUAUUUGAAAAACACUAUAUGAAAUAAGAAAUUGUUCAUUGUGGAUCUAGGUGGAUGCCCUGUUGUGUCAUGGUGGCCAAGUAUGCUUAACAAUUGGAAAAUUAAAUACGAAACAAGGUAGGCCUACGAGAGUUGCGAUAUUCAGACAAGAUAAAGCCUAUAGUAUAUACGUAUGUACCUGAAGAAUAUUUCAAAUUGAAGAAUAUUUCAGAUUUAUUCAAUUUUGUUUAUUCUGUUUUUGUUUUUCUUCCAUAUCAUACCAAAGACCUUUGGAUUUAAGGUAAUUAUUACAGCCUUUACCAUGGGUUUUCUCUGUAAAGAUAUUAAGUCCACAUAUACCCUUUCCGUUUUUAACCCGCUAAAGUUUCACCUUUACCGGUGUGGACACACUCAGAGAAUUAAAUAUAUAUAUUAAGUGUUUAAAUAUAUAUUUAACUCUCUGAGUGUGUCCACAUCAGGCAAGGUGAAACGUUUGCUUGACCGCGGUAGGAAUAGAACCAGCGACUUUUGGUUUGCUGCAGGUCACUACUCUGCUAACUGAGCUUCGAGGCUACGCCAGUUCGAUUGGGUGAUAUUUUGGAACUCAGUCUAGUUUGAUAUCAGUACAUGUUAAUGAUCACGAAUGUAAUGAUUGUGGUAUUGUUUACUCCAUAUAUUAUUCGAUAAAUUUCUUAAAGAAAUGUGGAGAUGCAGUCUUUAUAUACCGGGUCAAAAGACGAACGUUGGUUCUUUUUAAUUCACUGGCAGAUAGAAAUACAAUCUGUACCUGCAAUUAAGGUACGUCCAUUACUGUUUCACCGCUCACGGCCAGAGCAGCAUUCAACAACCAACACUUCCCUGACUAAUAACUAACUAACUAACUAUAACUAACUAACUAACUAACUAACUAACUAACUAACUAACUAACUAACUAACUAACUAACUAACUAACUAACAAUUUAUUUAACAAACUAAAUAAAUAAAUAAUAAAAUUAAAAACUCACCAUACACUCCCAGUCACCUAUACGUAACUGCAUGGCUGAAAACAGCUUGCAGCAACCAACUAACCCACAUAACCAAUUGAAAAACUAAUUAAUACAUUGCUUUUCUGAAACUUUCACCUCUGUUCAUAUUAAAUAAUUUUGUGUUUUUAAUUUAAAUCAAGGAUCACACAAGAGGUUUUUGAUAAUACUUUUAUUUUAGCUACGUUUCGGAUAGUUUACUAUCCGUCCUCAGGCUAACAAUUUGUUAGCCUGAGGACGGAUAGUAAACUAUCCGAAACGUAGCUAAAAUAAAAGUAUUAUCAAAAACCUCUUGUGUGAUCCUUGAUUUAAAUUAAAAACACAAAAUUAUUUAAUUAAUACAUGUAUGUCUAUUUCUAGAGCGUGGUUGCUGCACAUAAGGUAAACGGUACUCUUCAGACUAUACAAGCUCUACUGAUUGAGAAAGUACAGUUAGUUUGCCAUAUUUUUCAAUAAAAAAAUCAUUUGCCCGUUGAUAUUGAAUCAUCCUCUUUUUCAAAUCACUAUCUUAAAAAGUUUUUAUAAUUAAAAUUAAAAAUCUUCUGUCACCUGGAAAAUAUUUUCAGAAUCUGCAAUUAUUAUUUUACAGGCUGUCUUAGAUGAUAAUCCAGAAUUACUGCGUGCAUGUUUGACUACAAUACAAAAGACUUUUCAGAUCAUGAAAACAUCAUUGAAACGAAUUUAUGGUAAGAGGAGCAGUAUAUUAUUUAAUUUGGCGUGAUAACGAUUUUAAAAAUAAAUGUUUUACCCAUAUUAUCCGCGAAUUAAUGCAUAUGUUUUAUAGCUAUUAUCAAUACUGUAUUAAUAUACACCUUCAUAAGUUCGUCAUUACCACCAUCAUUUUCUUCAUCAUCUUCUUGAUCGUCAUCAUCAUGUUCAUUAUCACUAAAGUCAACUUCAUCAUCAUGACCUCUUCCCCCAUUUUCAACAUCAUCAUCUUCAACACUUUCAUCAUCAUCUUCUUCAUCGUCACUUUCAUCAUCAUCUCCAUCAUGAUCUGUAUCACCUGAAGUUGGCUUCGGCGGCGCACUAUAGGAGUUUCGGUGGCACGGUUGUCAGAGCAAGCGACUUUUACCAAUGAGAUCGUGGGUUUGAUUCUCUCGUCGUUCAUUCGGGUGAAAAGAGUCAUGCUCUGCCGAAAGUCGUGGCUUUUCCCCGGGUACUCCGGUUUACUCACACAGAAAGUUGAUAGGGUGAGUAAGGAUAAAUACUGAUAACAUGCAGUACAGUUAAGAAAGUAAUUUCACAAUUGUUGUAAGGGAUAAAAUACUGUAUGUAAUUAGGUAAGCGUAUAAUACUCGAUGUAAAGCGCAUUUGAUCAUAUCCGCUUGAAUGUUAAUUUGCGCUAUAGAAAUCUUAAUCUUAAACCUUUAAUCUUAAGUUGAUUUCGAAUUUUUGUGUCUUUCAGAGCAUUGUGAUCCUGCUUUCUUUUAUACGAAGCUUCGCGUAUUUUUAUCUGGGUAUGUUUGGCAGUAAACACCUACAUCUGCAUAGGAUAUAGCCAUGCAUGUAAGGUUGAUUAAAUAAGUUUAGUGAUGAAGCCAAAUCCAUAAGACAUGACCUACGAUUCCUAGGCCAGUUCGGAUAUAUGUUCGAGUAUAAGUCCACCAGUAAAAGUAUGGCAAGAUAUGGGAACUGAAAUCUAGAGCAGUCUAGGAGUGUGAUUUGAAAAAUUGAAGAUUGAAAAAGUUUUUGCACUACAGUAUAUGGCGCAGAUUUGAAAAAAAUUUUAGUUGAAAUCUCAGUUAGUGAUAUUUCUUUAUUUUAGUUUUAGAUAUUCACAAUAAGUAUUUGAUCAUUCGUAUAAGUUUAUAUAAUUUGCACUGAUCCGGACAUAUGGGUCGUGAGGUUUGCCCAAUGAAUAAUUGUGCAUGGUGUUAGAGUAUAGCGAUCAAUUCAUUAUUGCAUUUCAAACGGAUUUUUUAAAUGUUUCUUUUUUAAGGAUUUAUAUUUCGGCAACUCAAUCAACAGUGAUGGUUUUAAUUUGCUUGAUAAUUUAAAACAAUGUUACGGAAACUUACGGUUUUAUUUUAAAUGUUCUCAAUUUUUUAAACUGUACAGGAAUAGCUUGUUUGUUUACAUUUUAAAUAAUAUGUUUUUAAUUUAUAGUUGGAAGAACAGCAAGUCACUACCCGAUGGAAUUAUUUAUGAAGGAGUGAGCACGAAACCAUUAAAGGUUUGCAUUAUCCUACACAUUAACAGCGGGGAAUUUGUGGGUAUGAGCGCUGAUAUUCGCAUUGGAGGAAAUGACACUUCGUUGCGAGAGAGAUUUCAAAGAAACCUUGAAGUUACUGAAUCGUAUAACGGUCCACGCAACGCUUUAAGGCAUGUAAUGUAGGUUAUAUGUAUUAAAAGAAUAAUAGCCGUUGCCUUCAAAGAUAGGAGGUUCUAAUUAAGCUGGUUUUCGCCUACGAACAUCACUAUAUUUAGAGAAACGUUGUGUCAUUUUUCUGCGCGUGUAUCUGCUCUUGUUUACUGAUGUGUUGGUUAUUACUCGCUGGGGCACUCUGUGCCCCAGACGAGUAUAGGUUUCGGCACGCGUUUUUCUCCGAUAAUCGAUCGAUAGCCACAAAAUAGAAUAUUAAUGAGCUGCCUAAUUUUUACCCCCAUUAUCCAUAAGGCUCCUGCCAAGUUUUACCCAAAUUAUCCAUAAAUACCAUCAUUUUCCAAGAAUACCAUUUUUUCAAGAAUUUUUCUAAAUUUAAACGGGCUUAAACGAAUGUAAACUUCACCUUGCGGAUCGAUAAUUCUAUGCGCUAAUGUAAUUUCUUCUUUUUUAAUUAGUUUUCAGGAGCAAGUGGAUCACAGAGUACUACAUUCCAUGUGUUCGAUGCAGUUCUUGGUAUAGUGCAUUCUCGGAAAGGUAUGACACUUAGAGAUCCUGAGAAGAAAAGUAUUCAUUCGCGAUAA